AUGCUGUGGACGCUGUUCCUCGGGCUCGUCGCGGCCCUGCUAAGGACAGGCAAGUGCUCCAUCGAUUCGUUAGCUCUGGCCGCGGCUCAAACCGCAAACGCCAUCUACCGAGAUUCGGAAACCGGGCUGGUCUUCUCUUCCAACUUCGCGCUGUACAAGGCGGACGGGCGCGGCAUCACCUACCGUGUAGCCAUCCCAGAUACGGCCCAGCAAAACACCGCAUAUGAUGUCGUCAUUCAGAUGGUCGUUCCCAACGACGUCGGCUGGGCUGGUCUUGCCUGGGGCGGUUCCAUGCCGCGGAACCCGCUGCUUGUGGCGUGGCGCGGCUCCAACAACAACGUGGUCUUGUCAUCCCGCAUGGCCAGCGGGCACGUCCAGCCCACCGAAUACUCGGGCGCGCAGUACACGCUCUUCCAGACGGGCACCAAGUCCAACUCGACGCACUGGCAGUUCACGGCUCUCUGCAAGGGGUGCACCGCGUGGCAGUCGUCCUCGUCGACGCGGUACCUGAACCCGCGCGGCGGCAACCGGCUGGCCAUGGCCUACUCGCCCACUAAGCCGUCCAACGUCAACAGCCCCUCAUCGAGCAUCCCCAUUCACGAAGUCCACGCGUACUGGUCGCAUGACUUCGCCCAGGCGGCCAACACCAACUUUGAGGCGACCGUGCAGAGGCUUACUUCGUGAGUGCGGAGACAUUCCGGGAGCUGGGAGGAUGGGAGGUGCUUGAUGCAAGAAGUGGUAUCAAGGGCAUCAGAGAGUUAGUUACCCACGACGUUAUAAGGCUUCGGGAGGGAUGCUGUACAUACUGAGACUGAGGAGCUAUAUGUAAGGGUCAGUAUCGGCUACUCACUUGCAUCACCGUCAUUUCCAUUGCCACUGUCAUGGAGUCGAUCCUGACCAGUUACAGUCAGCCCACCCUCUGCGGAGAUGAUCAUCCUUUGGCUGCAAC